GCUGCCCUGGUUGUGAUAAGGGAAUCCAAAAGCCCGACAUUAAAAAUAAAAUGCUGCUUGGCAUCGGAGUCUCCAGUAAAGAUGAACGAAUCUCAUGAUAAAAGGAGCACCAGCACGGCCAGCUCCACGCCCCCAGAAGGGGCGGACGUUGGGGACCUGGGCCACGACGUGAGUGACACUUUUUAUACGAGUCAACGGAAGGGCAGCCACGUCUUCCGGGUGCGCCUGGACGCCACAGGAUUCACACUUCAGCGCGAGUCACCGGCAGGCACCAUAAUAAAGGAGCAACAAGUACGAAUCUCGGACAUCGUGGGAGCACGAUGCAUGCGUCCAAAGAAAAGUCGUCGCCUGGCCAUGUCCGGAGCAUGCGCCUGCAGUUCCGGAAAUCCCAAUUCCCCGGCUAUCUCGGCGUCUGGGGAUCACCGAGGUGCAACGGCGACACCCAGUAAAUGUAGCAUCACCAGCAGGAAUGACCCUCCGGUCGGAGACGGCGACGUCAGUGCCUACCUGUACGUCUUCGCCUACGUCCUGAAAAAGCGGAGUCUCCGCACCGAGCUGCAUAGGGAGCGAACCGUUCUGACCCUGCGUUUUCGAUCCUUCGACACCUUCGAGGACAACAUGCGUGAAGCCGACCGCUGGUAUCGGGCACUUCGCUGGCAGUUGCAUCGCACAAUGGAGGAGAUUUUCGUGGCCCCCACUUCGGACGAGCGUCGUCGCCGCGUUCUGGUACUCCUGAACCCCAAAUCUGGCUCCGGUAACGCACGCGAAGUUUUCAAUAUGCAUGUCACUCCGGUUCUGAACGAAGCGGAAGUGCCCUAUGAUCUGUAUGUAACGAAGCAUUCCAACUUUGCCAUUGAAUUCAUGAGCACACGGGUUCUGGAUGCCUGGUGUUGCGUCGUAGCUGUCGGCGGAGAUGGACUUUUCCAUGAAAUCGUCAAUGGAUUGCUGCAACGCGAAGAUUGGGCUCACGUUCUCCCCCAUUUGGCAUUGGGUAUCAUUCCGUGUGGAUCCGGAAACGGCUUGGCCCGAUCCAUAGCCCAUGGCUACAACGAACCGUACUUCAGCAAGCCUAUUCUGGGAGCAGCCCUUACCGUGAUCAGCGGUCGCAGUUCCCCCAUGGAUGUUGUAAGGGUCCAGUUGCAAAGUCGUUCCGUUUACUCCUUCCUGUCUAUCGGCUGGGGCUUCAUUUCGGAUGUGGACAUCGAGAGCGAGCGCAUUCGUAUGCUGGGAUACCAGCGCUUUACCGUCUGGACACUGUACAGGCUGGCAAAUCUGCGCACCUACAAUGGAAAGAUCAGUUACCUGCUAAGGGAUCAGGAUUCUCCAGCACCGGGACACUCUAUUGGUGAAUACGGUGGACAGUACAGGCUGCAGAGCAGUCGUAGUUGUAACACGCACAUCGACAAGCUGGCAGCCAAUCCCAGUUUUCAUCAUUCCAGUACCGAGUACCUGCCGCAGGAGUUUGCAGAUGUAAUAUCAUUGGAGACCUCUAUCAACCAGUCGUUCCGUUCCCGUUGCGACAGUUGGUUGUCUGGCGGAUCACGCAGGAGCUUUUACUAUUCCAUAUCGGAGAGCAUCUAUCACAGUCUGGCCGAUGAGAGUGAGUUUUCUGGACUGGCAGCUGCUUCGUUGGAAAAUAGGCAGCAGAACUUUGGACCAUCAAGCGAGCUGCCUGACUUGAGCGAGCCUCUCCUUAAAGAGCAGGGCUGGUUAGUAGAGGAGGGAGAGUUUGUAAUGAUGCACGCCGUCUACCAGACGCAUCUGGGCAUCGAUUGUCAUUUUGCACCAAAAGCCCAGAUGAACGACGGCACCAUCUACCUUAUACUUAUACGCGGUGGCAUCAGCCGACCGCACCUGCUGAGCUUCCUUUACAACAUGAGUUCCGGCACCCACUUGCCGGAGGUGAACAACGAGUACGUGAAGGUGCUGCCGGUGCGCGCCUUCCGUUUGGAACCGCACGACAAUCACGGCAUCAUCACCGUCGACGGGGAGCGGGUGGAGUUCGGACCCCUCCAGGCGGAGGUACUGCCGGGCAUAGCCCGUGUCAUGGUGCCGAAGUAAUGGAGCAUUCAUUGCACUCUCAAUGAGGCUUUAAAUGGAGCAAAAGCAAUCUCGUUUUAGGAAUCUCGGCAUUUGUAUGUGUGUAGCUAAUACAUAGGGCUCUACAUAGCCGGGUUUAUCCUA